AAAACAUCAUGAAUAAUUAAUUUAUUGUAUAGAUUUACCAAGUUUUCUUUUACGAGAUUGCGCAUGAUUUUUUUGUAUUUUUAAAAUUUCAUCUCUAUAAUAAAUAAAUAAAAUGCGCGCUAUUAUAGCUACUGUAGAAGAAUUUUAAUAAUGUAUAAACACAAAAAUAAAAAAUAUAUUUCUUUACAUCGCAUCAGAUUUAAAGAACGAAUCAUCUUCUUCGUCACUUGAAAAUAGUCAUUCUCCAUCAUAUUCUACAACACGAGUAUAUCAAAAAUGACUAUUUUUCACGAUAAACAGAGAUAAAAAUAAAAUAAAAAAAACAGUGAAUUCACCUAUUUUUAAAAUCGGUUGAAUCAAUCUUUGCUUGGUCUUUUUCCAUGAUAAUAGAUCAUAGAUUAAAAAUUAUAACGCAAACCAAGAGAAACCGAAUCUCGUGUGCGCAGUUUUCGCGCGUCUCAUGAAUCAUCGAGACAAGAAUGACCUCCAUAUGUCAGCUACUCGAAUUUCUUAAGUUAGUCGCCGAGCAAAAUAGGCCCUCCAACCUGGCACUUGUUAUUAGAGUUUUCCUGUUCUCUGAUUUCAAUUUAUUUUCUGAAGGCACGUGAAAAGUUAUGGUGUUUUCUGCACAAAAAAUAUUGCUGACAAUGGAUUUGUAUUGGAAUAUGCGGCAGAAUGUUUGAAAAAAAAGGAUGGAAUUAAACGUGAAAAGAAAUACAAGAAACAAAAUAAAGGCUGCUUUCUCUUUUUCUAUGGAGAAUACUGCCUGAGCUUAUAAAGCCGAGACUUUUGACAGAUUAUAGAGUUGAAUUAGUGGACUUCACCUUGGAGUACCGAAGAAAAGGGGAUGUGGUUGAGUUAUUAGAUGAUGUCCAGGCACUGGUUAAAUCAAAAGGGUGUGAUGAAGAAAGAAGUCUUGAUGUGCUUGGAGGUAAUAAAGAGGUUCAAACAUGUUUAGAUGAAUCAAUCAUGAAAAACCAGUUUUCAGUUAAUGAUGAUCAGACGCUGGCAAAAACAAAGGGAAUUAGUACAGAAAGCAAUUCUGAUGUGCUCAAAGGUAAAGAAGAGAUACAAACAAGUUUAGAAAAACUAAGUAUGAAAGAUCAGUCUUCUGUGAAUGGUGUCCAGACACAGGUGGAAAAAACAAAGGGGCUUGAUAUAGAAAGAAAACUUGACGUGCUCGGAUGCAAAGAAGAGAUACAAAUAAGUUUAGAAGGACCAAAUAUGAAAGAUCAGUCUUCAGUGAAUGAUGACCAGACGCUGGCAAAAACAAAGGAAAUUAGUAUAGAAAGCAAUUCUGAUGUGCUCAAAGGUAAAGAAGAGAUAGAAACAAGUUUAGAAAAACUAAGUAUGAAAGAUCAGUCUUCUGGGAAUGAUGUUCAGAUGCUGGCAAAAACAAAGGGGCUUAUUGAAAGCAAUUCUGAUGUGCUCAAAGGUAAAGAAGAGAUAAAAACAACUUCAGCAGAACCUUAUCAGUCUCCAUUAAAUACAACUAUUCUAAAUGAUUCGGGUGUUCAUGGUGACUUUCCGACUGUUUCUGAUACUGAUGACGAUGAUACACACAUAGACAAGAUGGAGGAAGAUGAGGAUAGUGGUGAUGAUGACAAGGAUUCUGACUUCAAUGUAUCCAGUGAAACUAUCUCAAGUGAAACAGAAUUUUCAACUAGUAGUGACUAUGAGUAUAAUAGACCUGUAUCACCAUCACAUAAAGAGAAAAAAUCAUGUCAACCUAGUAAAAUCAAAAAAUCUGAUCUGUUAGGUCAUAAUGCCAAGGAGUUGUCGAGCAGUAGUGAUGAUCUUUUUGACUUGGAUAUUCCUGUGUCUUCACCUAAAAGAAAGAUGCUAAAAUUUGACAAGAAGCAGCCGUCGAAAAAACCUGCAUUGCCAACCUCACUGUUGAAUAAUAAACUGUUGAAAGUACCUGCAUUACCCAGUUCACUGUUAAAUAAUAAUGAUGACAAAGUAAUAACGGUGCCAGUUGCAUUAAAAACAGAAGAAGGAGACCGUAUUUAUGACAGGAGGCAUUACUGUUUGUAUUGUGGAGAAGCAAGCUCCAAAAUUGGCAGGCAUUUGGAGAAACAUAAAAAUGAGCCAGAUAUUGUAAAACUAAUUUCUUUAGAUAAAAAGAAUGACAAGAAGGAACGAAGUUCAUUGAUAGAUAAAAUACGUUUCAGGGGUGAUUUCUAUCAAAAUUUAAAGGUUUUAGAACUAGGAGGAGAGCUGAUUGUUUAUCGCAGGCCAGCUGAAGGGAUGAAAGUGUCAUACAAGGAUUAUGUGCCAUGCAAACAUUGUCUUGCAUUUUUGUUCAAAGAUGAUCUGUGGCGACAUGUAAAAAAGUGUGAGUAUAGAACAAAAUCAAGAUCGGAUGAUGCAGAAUCUGAAAAAAGAUGCCAAUAUCAAGCCGAGAUGUUAUUAUUUCCUAACAAGGCCAAGUUGACUGAUUUAGAGCUAGAAGAAUUUGUGGUACGUAGAAUGAGGCGAGAUGAAAUAACAGAUGCUGUUCUUAAUGAUCGCCUAAUUCUGACAUAUGGGUCAUUCUUGCUCAGUGGGAAGGGUGCUAGGAAGUCAAAUUAUAUUUCUCAAAAUAUGAGGUUGAUUGGGCGUUUACUGAUUGCCCUGAAGCAAAUUCAUCCUGACAAAAUAUCAUUGAUUGGAUUUCUUCAGCCACAAUAUUUUGACGCUAUUAUGAACUGCACAAAAGAUCUUGCAGGGUACUCUCUUAAAAAUGAAGAUGGAGAAGCUGUGCCGUCCUUUAAAAUCCCUUCAUUGCCCUUAAAGAUGGGUUAUGCGUUGGAUACAAUUUUAAUGUUAUUAAAGGGCAUUGGCUUGAGAGAAAAGAAUGAUUUGUACAUUCGAGACUCGGAUAAUCUUUUAUCUCUUUACAAAUCAGAGUGGCAUGUAAAAUUAUCAUCAGCAUCAUUGAGGACCCUCGGUGAUAACAAAUUCAACAAACAGGAAUUCCUACCUGUUACUUCUGACCUGCUUAAACUAAAAGUGUAUUGUGAGGAGCGAACAUCCUUUCUUGUGUCAGCUUUAAAGGACAAACAUGAUGAUUUGAGUGCAUGGCGAGAAUUGGCAGAGGUAGUCAUCACGAGAAUUACAGUCUUUAACAAACGGCGUGGUAACGAGGCAUCAUCAUUAUUGUUGAAGAAAUAUACCGAAAGAAAAAAUAAAACAGGAACAGUACACGAUGAUAUUUUGAAAUCACUUACACCUCUUGAAAGAAAGCUCAUGAACCGGCUCGAUCUUGUUCAUGUCCGAGGGAAGAGGGGACGACAAGUCCCAGUGCUUCUGUUGCCAGAUGUAGUUGUAGCCAUUGACACCCUAAUCUCAACAAGAGAAGCAAUUGGGAUAAGUGAUUCAAAUAGAUUUUUAUUUCCAACUCCGUCAAGAGGAUCCAAAAACCCAUUGAGAGGGUAUGUGUGUAUUUCCAAUGUAACCAAGAAAAUUGCAAAUUUGGAGAGCCCAGAACGAAUCACAAGUACUAAACUCAGAAAAUAUGUGGCUACAGUGGCGCAAAUCACUUGCCUUAAUGAUACAGAAAUGGAAUGGCUGUCUAAUCAUCUUGGCCAUUCUGUAGAAGUACAUAAAAAUGCUUAUCGUUUGCAUGAUUCUGCAGUCGAGUUAGCAAAGGUCAGCAGGCUCUUGAUGGCUGUUGACUCAGGCCAUGGAGGUGAAAUGUCAGGAAAGAAAUUGAGUGAAAUUGCUGUAGCAGAAAUGCAUCAAUCAUCUUGUGACGAAGUACCCGAUUCUUGUGACAAUGAAGAAGUAAAAGAAAUGGAAAUAUCUGAAAAUGAGGAGACUCACACGACCUAUGAAUUGAUUAAAAAACUUGCUCCGAAAACCAAAAAUGGACGCAAUUGGACUGGUUGGUCAGAUGACGAAAAAAAAUUAUUGUUGGACUCGUUUCACAAACACAUUAUAGGCAAGUCAUUGCCAGGAAAGGCUGAAUGUCUCAGUUUGAUUGCAAAUAAUGAAAUGUUGCAAAAAAGAAGCUGGACCAAUUUAAAGGAUUGGGUACGGAAUUAUAAACGAAAAACUGUCCCAGCUUAAGCUGAAGUUUUGACACUUGUUUGUUUUUAUAUAGCUGUAGAUUUAUUUUGAGUUGCUUUUUUGUUUGAAUAUGGUGUAUUUCUUACGGAAUUAUAAACGAAAAACUGUGUCAGAUUAGGCUAUAGUUUAGACUUAAAUGAAGGAAAUGCACCUGUAGUAAUUUGGGCGGUUUAGCUGAAAAAUGAUACUAAGUUUAUUCAGAAAUCCUUCCUAUAAGUCGAGAGUCACUUGGUCCCCGUAGACCAGAAAGCUACAAUUUCAAUUCUUGCUUUCGAUACCAAUCAUUACUGGGGACGAUUCCCCUUUUUUAUGGAAGUAUUUGUUAUUAAAUUUUCGUUAACUUCUAUAUUCUGUAAGUUGUUUAGAUCGUUCUGUUGCCCAGGUGGAGUAUUAUAAUUUUAAACAAACUUUAUGGUCUUUCUUUUGGCAGUGGUUGAUUAACCAAAAUAAGAACGUUCAUUUCAUUUUUUCCAAACAACCAAAAGUGGAUACAGAAUCAUUUUAUGGUCAGACUUACAUUCACAAAGACUUUUGAAACUGGAAAACGCAGUUCUGUUUGUAAGUUUUCCAGGGCAUCAAAAUUUAAGCAAAACUUCGUGCUUCAUGUUCUAAUCAUAACUGUAUCUCGGGACUCACUGUUCCAAGUCGACCAAACCAUUCCUUUGAAAUAUGGCUGAAAGACGGCCUGGUUAACGCCGAAAAACUUCAUUUUUUAUAGUUUUAGUUUUUAUAGCGACAAUUUAUUUACUUUGAAGUAGGGGAUUUUAAAACGUUUUGUUGGGUAAAUUCGACCCUUUUUCUUGUUUUUUAACAUCGGCAAAAUAUUUUUUUUGCUCGUUUGGUAGUUUUAGUUCUUAUUUUGCUCAAAAGAAUUUUAUUUACUCUUCUUGAAGUAGCUCAUUUUGUUCGGGUAAUUCAGCGAAAAACAUAAAAGAAAUAUUAGACUCGAGGUUUUUGUUCAUUCAAUUCGUCAGUCGUUAUCCAUGAAUGACCUAGCUAUAUUCGCCGUUAUUCAUUUUCCGCGUGAUGUAUUUCGUUUCAUAAAGACCAAGAACGAAGUCGUAAUUUGUUGAUUCGCCAUAAUGACAAUUCGGUCAUCUCCACAUAAUUUUGACGAUUUUAACUUGUUUGAUUUUAGUUUUUGUAACAUAUUACAUAAAGAAGUUGCGACAAAAUACACGUUUUAGCAUAA